AUGCAAUCCGCCUCUUCUGGGUCUAAUUGGUAUCAGCUCGUAGCACCUAAAGCAUAUGAAACAUCUGGCCUAAUACAUAUCAUGACAUACAUGAUUGAUCCAAUAAGCGAAGCAUAUGAGAUAUGGUUCAUCCUUUCUCACUCAUCAGGUAGUUAUUAUUUAUGCGACUCUGUUGAAAUUGAUCAUUCGAACUUCAAAUUAGAUGAAAUCGUUGAAGUAACAAAUUUGACCGACAAUGAUGAUAACAUUGCAUCAAAUUAUAUGGGCUCAAAUGAAUUUAAUGAUGAUGACGAUUUUGGUGAUGGAAACAACUUUGAAAAUGAGCCAGCUAGUACAGGAGAAACUAAUGUUAGAAGUGAUGAUGUUGUGUAUGAAAUUAUUAGCAUCCUUGGUGUAAAGAAAGUGGCAAGACAUGAGAAGUAUUUAGGGCUCCCUACUAUAAUCGGAAGGUCGAAGAAGGUGGUGUUCUCUUGCCUCAAGGAGCGGAUAUGGAAGAAGAUGCAGGGAUGGAAGGAGAAGUUGUUAUCUCAGGCGGGAAGGGAAGUACUCAUUAAAGCGGUGGCCCAAGCCAUCCCCACAUAUAUGAUGGGUUUGUUUCGGAUCCCGGAAGGGCUUAUUAGUGAAAUUCAUAGCAUGAUAGCUCGUUUUGGUGGGGAGCAAGGGGAACGGAGCGCAAGCUUCAUUGGUCUAGUUGGGAGAAGUUGUGCUUGCCGAAGGCACUUGGUGGAAUGGGGUUUCGUGACUUGGGAACUUUUAAUCAAGCCUUACUUGCUAAACAAGGCUGGCGUUUGCUUUGCAACACCGAUACUUUGGUGUAUAAAGUCUUGAAGGCAAGAUAUUUUAAACAUGGUGAUUUUUUGUCGGCUUGUACAGGUUUCGAUCCAAGUUAUGUGUGGCAGAGUAUUUAGGGAGCUAAGGCUUUGUUGCUUGAAGGGCUUAAGUGGCGGGUUGGGGAUGGCAGGAAGAUAAAAGUAAAGGUGGAGGCGUGGCUGCCAGGGGAGAGUGCUUAUGUUGUUCUUACUCCGAAUGUUGAUAGCCCGAGGGAUUUAUUGGUAGUUGAUUUGAUUGAUUAUGAUCGACAUUGCUGGGAUAUGGAUGCAUUGCACCUGCACCUGUCAAAUGAUGAUGCUAAGCUUG